UGCCGCGAACAGGUCACGGGUCAGCUUCGUGUACCUUCGGACCUACCCCUCGUCGCCAGCCACAGAUCCGUUUCUGCAAUUCCAUCUCAGCGAUCCUCAUUGCGUGGAAUCGUCAAGUGGGCAACCGUGCAGCAGAAGGGAGAUGGAUGCUAACAGACGCCAAGGGGGAAUUCAGCAAUUGUUAGCUGCAGAGCAGGAAGCUCAACAAAUAGUGAAUGCUGCUAGGACCGCUAAGUCAGCGAGGCUUAGGCAGGCUAAAGAGGAGGCUGAGAGGGAGAUAGCUGAAUAUCGUGCUCAGAUGGAGGCUGACUUUCAGAGGAAGGUUGCAGAGAGUAGCGGGGAUUCCGGUGCAAACGUCAAGCGCCUUGAGCACGAAACUUCUACGAAAAUUAAGCAAUUAAAUCAACAGGCUGCGAGCAUCUCCCCUGAGGUGAUCCACAUGCUUCUUAGGCAUGUCACUACCGUGAGUAACUGAGAACUGGGAAGAACUCUGAUCAAGCCAAGAUUUGGCCUGGAGUUUGACCAUCUGUUUAUCUAUCCCAGAGAUGCGAUGAGAAAUGACUCUUCAGUUUUUGCCAUGAAACUUCUUUUUGACCAUGCAAUAAUCUGCCGUUUUCAGGGCGGACAUGUCUUGUUGUUAGGCAGUAAACACCCUUGAUUUUUAUUUGUGACUGUACAGUAAAUAUCAUUGAUUUUUAUUGGCUUCGUUUGAUAGCCUUUAUGUAUACUCAGAUGUUGGAACUUGAAAGUUAAUAUAAGACGUGUUUGUUCUUCUGCAUUGA